AUGGAUCAGUACCCAGCCAAGCUCUCCCAGCCACACCAGCCCGCCGUUCCACCCCCGCCCGACUGUGGCACACACCCAACUGUUCACGAGCCUUUGCCUUAUCCCCCCACUAGCUUCGACCCAAAGUCAUUCACCUGCAUAACCUCCCCAUAUGGUGCUCACACCGCACCAAACUUCGCAGAAUGCUGCGACAGCCCGGUCGCCAACUUCACCACCGUCCACCUCACCUCCGAAGGCCCCUCGUCCUGCGCCGCUUACUGCAGCGUUGAGCCCCACCGCCUGCUCGUCAGUGAUUACCGUUCGAGCGACUUCCACACGUGCGUCUUUGGCGGGCCUGAGGAAGACAAGGACGUGCAAUUGGAGUGCUGGGACGGCGAAGGCUUCGUCGGGGAUCUGGACUGGGAGGAUCGCUUCACGAAGAAAGAUGGCAGCAAGCGCAAGAAACGAAGCCCGCAAGAGGAGGUCGAGUCGUCGGCGGCCACCACCACUACUUACGACCCGUCGUUCUGGAGCAGCCUGAUCUCAGCCGCAGAGACGGAGACGGCCACCCCCAUCCUGCUGACCGGCUCGUCGACCACAGCCACUGCUACAUACGACUCCUCGCUCUGGAGCAGCCUGAUCUCGGCCGCCGCGACCGACACCGCUAGCGUCGGCCUGCCCGUGCUGUCCACGACGACGACGACGACGGCCGCUGCCAACGGGACUGCCGCAUCGUCGGGUGAUGCGACCCUGGCCACCGGCUCCUUUGUAUCCGUGAGCGAAGUCUCCGGGACGAGGUCUUCGACGGGCGGUGGCGCCGGCGCUACCUCGACCGGCCCGGCCGGCACAUCCGCAUCGGCUACAACCGACGCCGCUGCGAGCUCGGGAGGCUCGACUGCCUCUUCGAGCGCGAGCGCGAGCGCGAGCGCGGCCGAGUCUUCAUCGGCUACUGGCGCUGCCAGCAGCGCUCAGCUCAAGGGUGCCUAUGGCAAGUGGCUAUGCACUGGUCUCCUUCUCAGCGUCGUCUUUGCGUCCCUUCAGUGA